AUGGGGUCUGACGACGUAACCCACAAAGUCAUUAUCGUCGGCGCUGGCCCGGUCGGCUUGCUUACGGCCCUGAGGCUGGCGCAAACAGGUAUUACUGUGGAUAUCGUCGAGAAAGAGACUGCGUUGAAUGAAGCACCCCGUGCGUGCUCCUACUACGCAGCAGCCCUACACGCGUUGCAACGGGCUGGGGUUCUGGACGAUGUGAAGAAGGCUGGGUUUACAACAGCCGGAUUGUGCUGGAGAAAGCCGCUCAUGGAUUGUGAUGAAGGCAAAAAAAUUUUGGGGGACGUCCUGGCUAGGCUGCCUGUUAUCGGCAGCAAUGACUGGGAUACUGGAGUGGUCAAUCUUCAACAAGCGAAGCUCACAAAGCUUCUUUACCAGAAGGCGCAAGAGACCAAUUUGGUCACUGUUCACUUUGGGAGCGAACUCAUAGCUAUUGAGCAAGACUCAGCCUCUGUUACUGCCCUUGUAACCAACCGUCAGGGCGACCACAAAACAUUCAAUGGGUCAUUUCUUGUUGGAGCGGAUGGAGCGAGAUCAGCCACCCGAAAGCUUCUCGGGAUCCAAUUCAAAGGACACACUUGGCCAGAGCGACUGAUCGCCAUCGACGUCUUGGUCAAAGACAUGGAGUUUGAUGAGGAGCUACCUAGUUCUCUUGUGGUCGACCCAGUCCAUUUUGCUCUCAUUUCGCCACUCGAAGAACCACAGAAGGGAAAGGAAACCUUAUGGAGAUGCUCAGUUGCGGUCGGCCCCCAAGACUCUCGAACAAAUCAAGAGCUAAUCUCCGAGACGAGUCUCACAUAUUUGUUGACCCGAGUCCUUCCGGGUCCACGGCCUCUCGCUUAUGCGGUAAUCAAAGCAUCGCCGUUCCGAGUGCAUCAACUCUGCGCUUCGACCUUCAGCCGUGGACGGUGCGCUUUAGCUGGGGAUGCAGCACACCUGAACAAUCCAAUGGGAGCUAUGGGUCUUACUACAGGCAUACUUGACUCCGAAGCGCUUGCAGAUACCCUUGAACUCAUCAUCCACGAAGGCAAACCCCUCGCCACUUUGGACACCUACUCUGAUGAGCGGCGCAUGGUUUUCCAGACGUUCGUGGACCCAGUGUCUACGCAAAACAAAUUACGCUGUGCUAGUGACGUUGAGACCGCCCAGGAAGACUGGUACAUACGUCAAAUGGCAAAGGCGACGCCCGAGAUGACGAGGAAGGGAACCAAGCCAUUCUUUGGCGUGUGGCGGACUGACAUGAGACAGUCAACGCUAUCUCCAGAAAAUGCGUGA